GCACCCCGACAGCAGGCCCCCAGGACUCACCAGCACCACUACCCCCUGGCCCUUCAAGUCCUCCACCUCCUCCCCUCUCUCCUCCUCCUGCUUGUCCUGCCCGGCAGCAGCUGUGACAUGGAGGCCCAAGCCGAGUUGGAUAAGGAGCCAGAGUACUGGAAUGCCCAGGCCAGAGGAUCUCUGGAAGCAGCUCUCCGCCUGCAACCCCAAGCUCACCGCGCCAAGAAUCUCAUCCUCUUCCUUGGAGAUGGUAUGGGUGUCUCCACCGUGUCUGCUGCACGCAUCCUGAAGGGUCAGAUGAAGGGCCGCUCCGGAGAGGAGACCGUUCUUGCCAUGGACAGCUUCCCCUACCUCGCCCUGUCCAAGACGUACAGCGUGGAUAGGCAAGUAGCCGACAGUGCAAGCACAGCCACUGCCUAUCACUGUGGUGUGAAGGCCAAUGCCAAGACUGUGGGCCUAAAUGCCAAUGCGGUUGCCUACGAUUGCAACAGCACUUUUGGCAAUGAGGUUUUCUCUGUUCUACACCGUGCUAAAGCACAAGGGAAGUCUGUGGGCAUUGUGACCACCACCCGUGUCCAACACGCCUCCCCUGCUGCCGCCUACGCACACUCUGUGAGCCGCAGCUGGUACAGCGACGCAGAUCUGCCCCCUAGUGCUCGCCAGCAGGGCUGCACAGACAUUGCCACACAGCUGGUCACCAACACAGACAUUGAUGUGAUUCUUGGUGGGGGUCGUAUGUACAUGUCUCCAAAAGGCACCCCAGACCCAGAGUACCCUACAUCAUCCUCACGGAAGGGCGAUCGCAAAGACAAGAAGAACCUCAUCAACAUAUGGCUAAAUGCCCGGAGGGGAAAGAAUGCUCAGUAUGUUUGGCACAAGGACCAGUUUGAUGCGGUGGAUGUGAAAACCACAGACUGCCUCAUGGGUCUCUUUGAGGCAAAGGAUAUGAGGUUUGAGAUGUUCCGCAAUCGAACACGAGACCCUUCCAUUGUGGAUAUGACAGAGAAGGCCAUCCAGAUCCUUAGCAAGAACCCCAAAGGCUUUUUUCUCUUCGUAGAAGGAGGGAGAAUCGAUCACGGACACCAUGAUGGUGUGGCAAAAUUGGCUCUGACAGAGACGGUGAUGUUUGACAAAGCAGUGCACCGGGCAUCGCAGCUCACCAAGGAGUCUGAGACUCUCACUGUAGUUACCGCAGACCACUCCCACGUUUUCACCUUUGGAGGAAACACCCCUCGGGGCAACCCCAUUUUUGGUCUUGCCCCAAAGAAGGCAGAUGAUAGGCUGCCUUACACAAGUAUCCUAUAUGCAAACGGACCAGGAUAUGUGCAUGAGAAUGGGACAAGAGGAAAUGUCACGGCUGUGGACUACUUUGAUGAGGAGUACAUGCAACAGUCUGCUGUGCCACUGGAUGCAGAAACCCAUGGUGGGGAGGAUGUCGCCAUAUAUGCCAAAGGCCCCAUGGCUCACCUUUUCCAUGGGGUACAGGAACAGAACUACAUUGCCCAUGCAAUGGCCUAUGCUGCUUGCCUAGAGCCUUACACAGACUGCCCCCCUCUUCCACAAAGCUCUGGGGGUCAAUCACACACCUUAUCAGGAAUGUUACUCUCUCUGACUUUGCUGCUAUUUGUCCUGUCAAGAUGAUUAUGGUUAAUUUUUGCCUUAGGAUGAAAGUAUUUGAGCAAUUGCUGAAGCCGGGUAAAUUAACUGUUAAUUAAUGCUCCGUUUUAUUUGUUUAUGUUUGGUUGUUUUGUAGCUACGUUGUAUGGAUUAUAAAGUCUUGUUAAACAGGAUAUAUGUUACUAUUGUUCAAUGAGAAGUACUUCUUCCCUCUAAUUUUUACAAAGUCUUUUGAGCAUGCUCGGUAAGUUUGUAUACUCACCUAUGUCCCCAAGCCUUGGGCGUUGCUAACCAGCAAGUAAAAGCACUUUACGGUCACUUAAGGUUGAAUUAAAACCUUGGUCAAGUCAGUUCACUGACAAAGGACGCCAGUAAUUUACUGAACGCAAUGUAUAUUUGUUUUAGAUCAUAAAAUGAAUGUAUUUCAAACUAUUUCUUAUGUAUUUGUAGCACCAAAGACUUGCAUAAUUUUUUAAAAUAAAACUUUGUAAUAAAAUAUGAAAAUACCA